AUUUUGACAGUUCGAGUCAUGUUUCUUGCAUGUGGUACAAUUGCAUCUAAUGUUUUAUUUUGGUUGAUUUUACUUUGAUAGUUCGUAGGUCGUGCAUUAGAUUUUUUUCAUAAUCAGUUAAUUCGCAUAUUGCAGCAUAAUUUAGUGACUGUAAAUUUUUAGCUUAUGUAUUUGUGCAUGUAAUAAAGUUAGUUUUCUUGCCAAAAAAUGCCUCCUAAAGAAAGAAGAAUUGCUAUGAUGGGUUACAGAUCAGUGGGUAAAUCUUCCUUGAGUAUUCAAUUUGUUGAAGGACAAUUUGUUGAUUCUUACGAUCCAACUAUUGAAAAUACAUUCACUAAGACCACAAGAGUAAAUUCUACCGAUUAUGAAGUAAAAUUAGUAGACACAGCAGGCCAAGAUGAGUAUAGCAUUUUUCCCGCACAAUAUGCUAUGGAUUUUCAUGGUUAUGUUCUUGUUUACUCUAUAACUAGCUCAAAGUCUUUUGAAGUGGUCCAAAUAAUAUAUGAUAAAUUGUUAGAUGUAAUGGGUAAAGUUCAAGUACCUGUAGUGUUAGUAGGUAACAAAACUGAUUUACAUAUGGAACGAAUGAUAAGUGCAGAUGAAGGUAAACGAUUAGCUGAUAGUUGGAAAGCCGCAUUUUUAGAAACAUCUGCCAAACAAAAUGAGUCAGUAGCUGAAAUAUUCCAUGCUUUGUUAGUCGAGAUAGAAAAAGCAGACGGUAACACUCAAGAAAAAAGCAAUUGUUGUAUAUCGUGAAUAAAUAAAAUAAUCAUUAUGUGUAGAAAAUUAUAUGGUUAUAAGAAGCUAUGUUAUGAAACUUCAAUUUUGAAGAAUGUGUUUAAAAUUAAUAUAUUUUUUGUUUAUUGGUACAAUUAAUAGUAAUGAAAUUUUAAUAGCAAACCAGUUAUCUUGUUUCGAUUCAUAUUCAAAAAUAUUA